GUCAAGGCCACAGAUGCCACUUGGCUCGCCAGGCCCAAUUUGUCAGAGGAGGCUUACCAGAUCGAGGGGGAUGAGACGGUCAAGAGGCUCGCGGUUCGAGUCACAGGCACGCCGACCAUCGCGGCGCGCAGAGUCACCGCGGCCGUCGGCGCCCUCAACAUCGGCAACAGGGGGCGGGAGCGCAUCGCGGUCGAGGACGCGCAGGGCUUGCAUGAGGAACAACACGUGUCAGAGGACAAGAGCCCGCCUCAGCUGACGGCUCGUGAAGGGCACCCCGCGAAGAUCGAAUGGGGCCGCGCUGCGCUGCAGAAGCUGGUCAUUGAUUUCCAACGGACUGAGCAGCUCGUCUCCGGCGCGGCGGCUGGCCGGCGGCUG